AUGUGGGAUUUUUUCAUCAAAGUUGGGGAAGAACAAGAAAAGGCGACCAAAACAUGUUUGGAGAUUCUGAAGACCAUAGAAGAGCAUGGACUGUGUGGUGGUGACGCAAUCGGAUUGGCUGAUCUUAUUUUGGGGUGGGUCAUCCACAUAUUGUUGCCUAUGGAAACUAUUACUGGAAUCAAGCUUAUAGAAGCGGAAACAUUUCCUUCUUUGCAUUUAUGGUUGGAAAAUUUUUCUGAAAGUCCUGCAAUCAAAGAGAACUUGCCUGAUAUGGAUAGAGUAAUGGAAUUUUUCAAAAAGACAAGGGAGAGCUUCAUUAAAUAA